AUGAAGAUACUGAUAAUAAAGUUACAACCAAAGAUCAAAGCUACUAUCUACUUAAAAAUUCAAUGUAAUAUAGCAAUUGAUAAACUAAACGAGUUGUAUCAAAUUGAGCAAGCUGUUAUUAUUGAAGAAUCAAAUGAUGAUUUAUUUGUUAGCUCAUCUGGAUCAUUAGUUAUAAAUGAACCUUCAAGUAUUAAUCAAGUUAAUUAUUCUUUGCUUGAAAUAUAUGAAGAUUCAGAUGAUGAAAAUAAUCUUUCUGAUGAAGUUGUUCGAUACUUAGCUUUAUCAAAAAUAUCUCCAAAUUAUAAUUAUUUAGCAAUUCCUGCUACAUCUGUACCAAGCGAGAGGUUGUUUUCUGAUACUGGUCUCCAUUUAUCUGCUUGUCAUAUUUGCUUAAAAUCUAAGUUUUUGGCAUCUAUACUAUUUCUAAAAAGAAAUAUGAAACUGUUCGAUGUUUUUGAUAAAUAA